AUGAUCGAGUGGUUUCUGCUCGUCCUUCCUCAAGCGGCAGACGGAAGCCCAGUCUACUUUCACCGUCUUUCUACCUCAUGCUCCUGCCUACGUCUUCCGACCGACAGGUAUCGUUGCCCCUCAGGCCAGGCCCGCCGCCGCGCGGGCGCGCCGGCCAGGCGCUCCGCAGGGCCGGCGGGGCAGCUGGGGAACGCGGGGGCGGCGGCCACCGCGCCAGGCCGCCGGGAGGCAGCCGCGGCGGCCUCCACGCCGGGCGCGGAGGAGCCGGGCUGCCGCACGGAGGAGGCGUGCCCAGUCGGCACCCUCACGAGCUGUCUGAAGUUGCUGGGGCAGGAGGACCCUGGGCGCGUGGUCAUGGUGCGGCGGGUGAACUGUUUGGGUUCUGAGGCCGCAGGAGCUCUGACGCUGCACUUCUCUCGGAAAUCAGCAAGGUGCUGCCCACAUACUCUAGAGUGGCGUUGCGGCCUGGCGGAGUGCCUGGACAUGUGUCCCGGCUCGGGGGCAUCGCCUUCGUUGUCAUGGAAGAUGCCGGGAGCGUCGAGCGCAUUCUGCAGGCAGGCCAGCAGCACGUGGUGGUUUCGAGGAGCAUCUCCGUGGAGCCCUUUGUGGGCUCGUGGCCUACGACGAGGUCCGCCGCGUCGGGCGCCGGCGCUUGGACUUCGGCAGGCCCUGCUGCCAGCUUGGGCCCGAGCCUCCUCGGCACGGGCGAGUAGCUUCUGGGAGCGUAGCGGCCGCGGAGGAGCUCCUCGAGGGGCCUCCUCGAGCAGCCUGCUCGGUGUGGCCUCCCCACGUUAUCCGCGGCCGGAUCGCGCUGGCGUCUCCCAGCGUGUCGUCGAUCCUGGAGCUAGGAAUGGUACGGUGUACAGUUAG